GUACGAGGGAUGCACUGGAUGGCUAUUGUCUGUAGCUUUACGCAAAAACGAGAAGUGUCCUUUUAAAAUAUGUUACAAGCUGAUCUUUACAUAAGACAACAUCUAUAGAUUUUUUAAGUUAAACCAUUGGUGUAAUACUGGUUUUGAUUUGAUAAAAUUAACUCAAUUUCCGACAAUUCAUUCAUUAGAGUCAAAUCUCUGUAAAGCUCUGUUGACAAGGAACCCACUGGUUCCACUGCCUUCUCCCAGCCUGAAAAUGAGUGAGCCUACUGCUACAGAACCCCCUAGCGAUGUGACCCCCAUUGUUACUACUGGUGUUACCACUGAAGGUGUAGAUCAACCUUCUACUGAUGCAAACGAGCCCCCCAAGGAAGAGGUCAAGUUGGCAGCAAUAGCAGGGAAGAAACAGACCAAGAAGAAGGUGGAGGAGGUGGUAGAGGAAGAGGAGGAGGAAUAUGUGGUGGAGAAGGUACUGGACCGACGGGUGGUAAAGGGACGCGUGGAGUUUCUGCUCAAAUGGAAAGGCUUCUCCGAUGAGGACAAUACAUGGGAACCGCAGGACAACCUGGAUUGCCCUGACCUGAUUGCGGAGUACAUGCAGAAUCAUCAUAACAAAAAAGAAAGUUGCAAGAAAGAGUCUGGUGGCAAGAGGAAAGCUGGCGAGUCUGACACGGAGGCAGGGGUUGAAGAAGGCAGGCCCAAGAAGAGGAAAGAUGAGGCAGAGAAGCCCAGAGGCUUUGCUCGUGGUCUUGACCCCGAACGGAUCAUUGGAGCCACGGACUCCAGUGGAGAGCUGAUGUUCCUCAUGAAAUGGAAGAACAGUGAUGAGGCUGACCUGGUGCCGGCCAAGGAGGCCAACAUUAAAUGUCCACAGGUGGUCAUCUCCUUCUAUGAGGAGCGUCUGACAUGGCACUCCUACCCCACCGAGGAGGAAGAGAAGAAGGAUGAUAAGAACUAGCCACAGGUCCAGGAUGAACGGGAAGGGGGUACAGAGGGUAGGGUUUACAGUGGAGGGUGUCGGAUAGAGAAGCUGAUUUGUUUCAAAACCUUUCUGCAAACCCGGACUGUUACAACUAAAACAGAGGUUGACAGAUGGGUAGGGAUGAUAAGACUUGGCAAGGAGGUGGGUUGGGGGGGGCAUGGGUAAAUACAACUCCUAAGUCUCAAGAUCACUUUAUCAGGCCUCACUUUUGGGUCUCAUCAGCUAAAAUCAUGGGAUAAGUAGUUUUCAGUCCCUGAGCACUGAAUUUGCUUCAAAAUCACCAGCUCCUCAUACUGUAGUUUCGCCUCUGAAAAGCUUUUGUCAAGAUACACUUUUGAGUUAGCGAGGUAUCACUACAGCAGCUGAGUUUACAAAAUGGAAUGGUCAGAUUCCAAAACACGACCCAGCUAAAGUUCUCAGCUAAUUCAAUUGAAAUAGCCAAUCUUAAUUUCCAUUUUUUUUGCGUGAAAUGUUGAAGUUGAUUUCUUGUCAGAACAUUAUCUUGUACCUACACAUCCCUCAUUGAGCAACUCGCAGUGCUUUUUGUUUG